UCACGUGAUAUCUUUUUUUUGGAGGGUCAAAUCAAAAUGGCGGACGAAGUGAUGCAAGAUGACUUCAAAUGUACAGCCGGAAUCAUCAUUAUUGGAGACGAGAUUUUAAAGGGUCAUACAAAAGAUACGAAUUCUUAUUUUCUACUGAAGAAGCUGUGGUCCUUAGGAGUCAAGGUGGGAAAAGUGUCGGUCAUUUCGGACGAUGUGGAUGAAAUUGCUGGUGAAGUGAAAAAAUUCUCUUCUCGAUUUUCCGUCGUCAUUACCACCGGUGGAAUUGGCCCUACUCACGACGAUGUUACAAUGCAGGGAAUCGCCAAAGCGUUUGAGGAAGAUGUAGUCCUCAACGAAGAGUUAGUGAGGUUGAUUUCGGGUGUGUAUGAACUUUCAGAACAUCAAAUCAACUCGUCCCAUCUGAAAAUGGCCCGUGUCCCUUCCUCAGUCAAGCUGUCUUAUGGAAAAGAUUCGUCUGGGGAACCGAGCAAUUUUCCGCUUAUUUCUGCACAUAACGUGUAUGUAUUCCCUGGUGUCCCCCAGCUCUUGGAAGAAGGGUUUGGCGUUUUAGAAAGCCUUCUAUUAAUUUCGAACUCCAAGAAACGUUUUUUCCUGCGAAAGAUUUUCCUCUCGGCAGACGAAACAGAUGUAGUUUCUAUUUUGGAUGAGGUGGAUGAGAAAUUUAAAGGGAUCGUACAUUUAGGAUCGUAUCCUAAUGUCUGCAAUCAAGAAUUCAAGGUCAAGUUGACCGUGGAGUCAGACAGCGUGAAUGGCCUGGAGGAGGCCUGGCACUACCUUUUGGCAAGAUUGCCUGAGGACCUUAUUGUGAAGACAGAAGGAGGUGUUGCUGAUGCAUCAAUACCAAACUGUCCAUCCAGUCAACCUCCAAAUGAGGACUCUAAGCGGGUACUGAACAUGGAAAAAGUGUACUGUCUACUGGAUCCCAAGGAUGAGUCAAACACGAGUGCCUGUGUUAAAGGAGCAUGGGCCAUUAUACAGCAAACUCUACAGCUGUAUUCCUUGGACGAAUUGUGUAUCAGUUUCAAUGGUGGCAAGGACUGCACUGUACUGUUGCACAUGUUACAUGCUGUGGUUAAUAAGCUGUCAACCCCACCCCAAAAACUGAAGGCUUUGUACAUUCGCUAUGACUCACCAUUUCCACAAGCAGAAGAGUUUAUCUCAGAAACAACUGAAAGGUAUAAUUUGAACCUCAUAACUAUGAUGGGAGAUAUCAAAGCAGCUCUGAAGACUUUGAAAGAAACUCAGCCUGUAAUCAAAGCAAUUUUGUUGGGAACUAGAAGGCAUGACCCUUUUUCAGAUGCACUACGCACUUUCUCUCCAACAGACCCAGACUGGCCACACUACAUGAGGGUAAAUCCAAUUUUGGAUUGGCAUCAUGCUGAUGUGUGGUCUAUGAUCAGAGAGUGCAGUAUUCCAUACUGCUGUUUAUAUGAUGAGGGAUACACAUCACUGGGAAGCACCCACAACACAACCCCAAACCCUGCCUUAAAAUAUGACGACGGUAGCAACAAGUACAAACCUGCUUAUAUGUUGGAAGAUGGACACCUGGAAAGGGCUGGUAGAAACUGAAAACCUUACUACAAGGCAAAAAAAUUUGAUUUCUCGUGAUAAUAAGUUGAAUAAGAAUUUGUUUACCCCACAAAGGCACUAAGUUAAACCCAAAAUCUAACAUUUCCAUUAUAAUUUUUAGUUGUUUCACAACUGAAUAAUUUGUUUCUUAGUGACAAAAUUUCUUGCUGUUACCAAGGGCUCUAUCUUUUCUCUGUCAAGACAUUACAGUACUGAUAAAUAAUGUACAAAUACAUAUACAUGUACAUUGUUGGUGGGAAGUACAUACUCAAGAGUGUCUAGUAUUCACAAACUUCCUAAAAUGUAAAGGGGCAACCCCUGAAAAAAAACAAUGUGGGAACUCCCUGAAAGGAAUUUAAUUUUUAUGGCAAUACGCAUGUACAGCUUUUAAAAUUUGAUCUAUGGUUUCAUCAAGAAUUAAAAAAGUAGAACAACCUUACGUGACCUAAUAGCCAGUGAGAGCACAGGAAAGUACUGUUCAAUAACUUUCACUUGAAUGGUCACACACUAGGGUUUCAUCCAUAGACUUAGAACCACCUGGUACAGAAUACUAAACAGUGCUGAGUGAAAGUACUGCUCAAUAGCUUUCAUUUGAAUGGUCACACACUAGGGUUUCAUCCACAGAUGUAAAAGUUAGAACCACGUACAGCACAAUAAACACUGAACUUGUAAUAUA